UAGAGAGGGCUUGCGUAGCCGGCUUUCUCGGCUCUUAAAGCACCCAGCGGGCGGCCUAGCCCUAGCUCCCCUCGCAGAUGCGCAUGGAGGAAGUAGCUUUUCGCUCCCGUUAGGGCCCCCAGGUCCGCUUUCCUCCUCUUCCCUAAGCUGGGCCCUUAGGGCCACCGCUGCGGAGCCUAUGGCCGCCGGGAAGCCUAGAUCCGACUGUCCGGAGAGUAACCGGAAGUGCUGUCCUUAGCUUAAGGGGCGGCGCCGGCGGCUGCCCGGGAGAGGGAAGAAUUGAAUGCUGUGAAUGCUUCUGGACUAGAGACCUUUUGGAACUAAAGGGAAGACAGUCUUGAGUCUGUCUUUUUAAGAAUACUAUCUUCCUUGAGACAGCAAAUUCUCAGGACCAGGGAGUGAACACUGCCUUUCUUCCAUCUAGAUUCUAGGUUUGGAAGUACCAAGUAAGAAAUUAGUAUAUAUGAUGCUGGAAACUUGUAGACGUGAACUGCCCAUGACUAAAAGGCCUGAAGAAAAUGUAUCUUUCAAGUUCUUAUCUAGAAGAUAGACUGUUAAGACAAUAAUGGGUCAAGAAGACCAGUGGAAAACUCCCUAGGAGCGAGCCAUAGAAGAUGUACACUUCAGAAGAGAGCUGUAAUCAGAGAACUCAAAAAAGAAAAAUAUAUCAUGUAUGCCUUCAGGAGGGUAGACAGAUUUUUAUUCAAGUGCAUAAGAUUACUCAAAUAGAUGAUCAGGUACACCAGUGCCUUGAAUGUGAGCGAAACUUCUGUGAAAACUUAGCUCUUAUUAUGUGUGAGAGAACCCAUACUGGGGAGAAACAUUAUAGAUGUGAUAUGUGUGAGAAAACCUUCAUCCAAAGCUCAGAUCUUGUUUCACAUCAGAGGAUCCACACUUAUGAGAAACCUUAUAAAUGUAGCAAAUGUGAGAAGAGCUUUUGGCACCACUUAGCCCUUUCAGGACACCAGAGAACCCAUGCAGGUAAAAAAUUCUAUACAUGUGACAUUUGUGACAAGAAUUUUGGUCAGAGCUCUGAUCUGCUUGUCCACCAGCGAAGCCAUACAGGCGAGAAACCUUAUCUAUGUAGUGAGUGUGACAAAUGCUUCAGUCGAAGUACAAACCUCAUAAGGCACCGAAGAACUCAUACAGGUGAGAAACCAUUUAAGUGUCUGGAGUGUGAAAAAGCUUUUAGUGGGAAAUCAGACCUUAUUAGCCACCAGAGAACUCAUACUGGUGAAAGGCCCUACAAAUGUAAUAAGUGUGAGAAGAGUUACCGACACCGUUCAGCCUUCAUUGUACAUAAAAGAGUUCAUACUGGGGAGAAGCCCUAUAAAUGUGGUGCCUGUGAGAAAUGCUUUGGCCAGAAAUCAGACCUUAUCGUACACCAGAGAGUCCACACGGGUGAGAAGCCGUAUAAAUGCUUAGAAUGUAUGAGAAGUUUUACUCGGAGUGCCAACCUAAUCAGGCACCAGGCAACUCACACUCACACUUUUAAAUGCCUUGAAUAUGAGAAAAAUUUCAGUUGUAACUCAGACCUUAUUGUACAUCAGAGAAUUCACAUGGACGAGAAACCACAUCAAUGGUCAACCUGUGAGAGUGGCUUCAUCCUAGGGAUGGACUUCGUUGCCCAACAGAAAAUGAGAACUCAUACAGAGGAGCUGCAUUAUAAAUACAGUGUUUGCGAUAAAAGCUUCCACCAGAACUCAGCACUUCUUCAGCACCAGAGAAUCCACAUUGGUGAAAAACCAUAUGUCUGUAAUGUGGGUGAGAAGAAUGUUGAGCUCAACCCUCCCCAUGCAUCAGAAGCCUCACAAAUGUCUUGACCAGACAAGAAGUUAUAAUACCAUACAAAAAUGUAUUACAUGUCAGAGAACUUCCUAAGAUGAAAAACAUUAGGCAUAUCUCAACGGUGAAACAGACUUUCCUCAGAGCUCAGACCUCAGUGGGGACCAGAGAACCAGCAAUUGUAGGAAGUAUGGGAAAUGUUUUGCCCAGAGAGCUGCCCUAACAGAACACCUUACCAUUCUCCAAUGGGAAACCCUAUAGAUGCCCUGAGUUUUGGAAAACCUUUAGUCCAAACUCAAAUCUGAUCACCUACAAUAGGAUUCAGAAAGGUGGGAAACCUUACAAUGCAGUGAAUGUGAGAGAGCUCUCUAGCAGUGCUCAAUCCUCCUUAUUCCAAGAGAGUUCACACAGGAGAACACCUUUUAAAUCUCAUUGUCAGCAAAGCUUCAGGCAGUGUGCACAUCUCAUUGGACAUCAGAAAACUCACUCUGUGGAGAAGUUCCAACAAGUGUGAGACAAGCUUCUAACAGAACUCUGACUUUCUUACCCAUCAGAGAACCCAUACUGUUGAAAAAUUCUGUAUUUGUCUUGAGUGUGCCAAAAUCAUCAGUUGGAGAACCUAGUUGAAUUUGCAUUAAAAAAGAAACACUUGUGAGGAAAGAUCUUACAAGGGUCUGAGUGAGAAAAGCUUCUGUCAAUGAUCAGCUCUUGUGGUACACCAGGGAACUCACAUAAGUGAAAAACCCUUUAAAUACCUUAAGCCUGAAAAAAGCUUUGCUAGAAGCUCUUACCGGGCCCCAACGAUCCCACUCUGCAGAGAAUUUUGCUCCAGUGAGAGAUCUAAUUGUGGAUGAGAAUCUAUGUACAUAUAAUACAUUCGAGAAGAACUGUUCUCAUAGUUCGUUGACACAUACAGUAGAGAUGACUUUACAUGGAAUAAGUAUGGAAACAGUUUUUUAGAUACCCAGAAGCUUGUUCUGGGAGGAGCUAGGACAGGUCAGAGUAGGCCUGAUGGGUAACUCAGGUAAAGAUGCUUUUUAUCUGAACCACUUAAUGAUUGCUUUACUUACUUUUUUUUAAAAUUCAGAAAUCAAUAAAGGCAAGGACUAACCAUGUGAUAGAAGGUGUGAUAUGUGUUACUUUUGGGGGAAAGGAGUAUAUUGACUUUGCCUAUUUUUUUUUUUAUUCUUGACUAUGAUGGGGACUAGUGCAUUGAUAGUAACAUAGGGACUUUUUCUGGCAGUGAAAAGAACUAAGAAACUAGGAAGUAGUCAUCCUGGGACAAAACUCCCAAUAGUUUCCCCUUUGCAGUUCAAGCCUCAUAAAGAGGCAGAAUACUCAGCUUUUUACUUAAGUGUAGUUGAGACAUACCCUCAGAAGUUUCCUUUUCUUUAAAAUACCUUUUAGACCAUCACUGAUGUUUAGAAUUUCAGCCUUAGAGAUUCAUUUCUUAACUCAGAAAUUCAAAUUCCAGGAUAAUAGGAUGUUGUUGGUGCCUGUAAUUUUAUGACUUCAUUUAUCUUGUCUUUUUUAAUGGUAGAUACCUGUAGCCAUCUUGUAAAAUGGUUAGGGGAAGAUUGAAAGACAAAUUUAAGCCUGGUUGGCACAAAGUAAAGACCACAUAAUGAUGCAAAAUUAAUGGAGGAGCCAGACUUCCUGAUUUUGACUAUCCUGACUCCAAAACUAGUUUUCUUUCCACCUCAUCCUCCUGCUUAUAGCAAAUCUAGCCCCACUAUGAUGUACCUUGCAUGUAUUCCAGAGAGAAUACCUUUUAUUCCCAGAGAAAGGAUUGCAGUCACCACAGUAUAGAGUGUAUAUUUGGCUUGGAAUGCAGGAUUCUAAUUACUAGGAGAGAAAAGAAGUUGGCAAAUUGGAGGUUUAAGGGAAGCACUUGUUUCCAAUUUAGAAUAUUAUGGUUAUCUUUAACAUUCUCUAGAAAUACUGUAAUUAAUCCAGGGAUCUAUAAGUGUACACUUAAGAGUUUUUUAUUCUCUCAGAUUAAAAGACAUUUAAUACAAAUAUUUCAGAUUCCUGCAGAAUAUAGGACUCUAAACUGGUGAAUAAAUAUUUGUUGCUAGUCUGAGUCCUCAGAUUUGGUUUGAUUUAUCUUAGCAGAGCCCAGAGACCAUUGUCAUUUGAAUUUAUGGGAGUUGGCCAACUGCUAUGUUGCUACUUUGCAUAUGGCCCUAAGCUUUGAUCCUAAUGACUGGUUCUUAUUUUCUUAGUGACUGUUGAGCCAUGAUGAUCGUAGUUUUAGGGCCAGUGGAUCAAGCUCACAGUGGUAAUAAGAAAUCUGAUUUUCUAGGAUGUUAUUUCUUUUAGAAAACAUCCUGGAAGUUUAUUUGAGCUGGUGUGUUUCAGUAAUUUUCAUAAUAGCUCUUGUAUCAUGAAAGUUGCCCAGUGUGCAAGAUACAUUUGUUUCUCGUUGGUGAAAAUCAUGCCUAUGACUAGUAUAUGUUUGACAAUUGUAAUACUUAAAAUAGUAUUGGAGAUGUGGCAUGAUGGUGAUGGGAAGUAGUGCUUAUGGCCACUUAUUAGUCAUUAGAGGGAACUUGGAGAAGGGAACAAAGUUGGUAUCAUUAGCAGGGCAAUGACUUGCCCCUUCUUUCAACUAAUCUUACUGUCUCUAAGUAAAUUAGGGAUGGACCAUCCCUCAAACUGAGAAUUUUGGGGGUAUGAAACAAGUCUGAGGGCUUUUUAAAAAAGUGUUGGUAUUAUCCAUAUAGCAUAACCUGAGGUUGGAGAGGACCACUUGGGAGCCUGUAACCAAAACUAGAAGGUAACUUCUGGGAUGGAUGGAGGUUCUCUUGAAGCAGUGCCAACCUAAAUCUACCUCAGGUAAGUAGUUAGAGUAACUCUAAAGAUUUCAAACCAAAUGAGACACUUGUAUCAGUCCAUGUAUUCCUAUGCUUAUAAUGUUUUUGUUUUCCCUUCAUUCUUAAAUAAAUAUUUGUUCUGAAAAACUCCA